AUGCCGUGCGCGGUCGACGGGAGGGGUGUCCAAGGGGUGUUGAGUAAUUGCGAGUGGUUCGAGGGUGAGCCGCCUCGCAAGCAUCACAAUGAUGUUGUGGCCGGGAGCUCCUCCCUCCACCCGUCGGUGGAGGAGUGGCGUUGCGAGCAGGCGCGCACGCAACGCUCAAGCACGGGCGUGGUCAAACUUCCACUGCCUCGUGACCCGCACCUCCGGAUGGCAAAAAGGCUUGGUUCGAGGCGAAGGAGGCAACUGCCGCAGAAGAUGAAGCUGUAGCGGUGCAGGUGGAGGCAUUGUUUGAGGAGUACCAACUCGUCCAAGUCCUCUCCAGCACCCCCAUGGAGUAUCACCUCCACAACAAGAAGCCGAGCGACAACGACGACGGCGACGAAUAGAUCUUGUUCAAAUUUAUACAACAAGAAGCCGAGC